UACUGCGAUUAUGGCGAACGUCCUGUUGCCGCGUUAAGAGCAUUUCGUGAACAAGUUAAAGUGAGGGAUAAAGUUCCAUUGAAUAUAGUGGCCGAGACUGCCAAGAGGUUGUUGGAGACGGUCGUUGACGGAUCGUGCAUCGUAUUUCGUGUCAUAUUCACACUCCGUUCGCAAUCGGACGGAGCAGCACUAAAAGGUUAUUAAUGACGAAGUGCGGGAGCCCGCCUGAGCCCGCUACGGGAAUACGAACAACGUAUUGAGGAGCGUUGUUAAUUAUCGAACUUGUUCCUGAACCGGCUACGCGAAUCGCUGCGACCAUCGGAAUGAUGUCUACUAAGCAGGAGGCACCAAACAUGGCUGAGCGUUGUCGAAUUUGUCUAGUUGACCAGGGCUGCAUGACUAAUCUGCAAGACGAGCGUUUGGAAGCCAAACUCAAGGAUUUGAUCAGGUGCACUCAUAUCGAUAUCAAGUAUGAUGAAAAUCUACCAGGGGUUGUGUGUCAUGUAUGCUUGUACAAGCUGAAUAUGUGGAGUGAGUUCAAAGAACAGUUUAUACAAUCCAACAAAUCUCUGGAGCAACUAGAUAUGUGGGAAGAGUCUGAAGAUAACACUAUUGAAGAUCCUUUGAAGGAUAGCAGUUAUACAUCAAAAGAUGCAGAAAGGAAACAUAGAAACAGCCAGGAUAAUAGUAUUGAGAAGAAAAAAUCAAAGAUAGAUACGUCUUCAUUGGAAAUUGCUUGCGACACAGGCCAAAUUAUAUUAGACACGAUAAGCAUAUCGGAUAACGACAGUUCACCUAAAUUAAAAAAGAAUGCGAAAAAUGGCGAAGAGCGUACAGAAAGUAAAGUGUAUUUAGGACCAAUAAGAGCUAGAUUAUUGCCUGCAAGACGUGGCAGAAAUAUCGAACGGCGAAAGGCGUCUACGAAGCGUUGGGUAGAAAGGAAGAAGGCACUUUUGGCUGCAAUAGGGGAGGAUGUGUCCGAUACAGAUUCCAUAGCUUCUGAUGAAAUGCAAUUAUCGCCCGUGCAAAAGGCUCGUGCGAAGGAUAAAGAAAUAGAAAGACAAAGGAAAAUAGCCAAGGUGCUGAAAAAUCUAGAAACAAAUCUUACGGAGAAAUAUGUUCUUCGUGAUAAAAACAUAGAUUCCGACGCGCGUAGAACGAGAAGUACUUUGCAACACAAUAACAAAAACACUGUCAAAAAUUUAUUGAACCAAAACAAUAAGAAAAACACUGUUGGGAGAAAUAGGUCUUCUGUAGACAGCUCGAUAGAAAACUCUCCAUCUUUAUUAACAAAUAAUUUUACAUUAAAUGACGAGAAAAAAUUCGAGAUACAGGAUGAUGAUCAAACUUUUGAACCUAGUUCGUUGAAAUCCGAGUUAGUGAUCGGUGACACUACGUUCUGUAUAACAUCAACGUUGAUUCUUGUGAAUGGAAACAAUGAACAAGCAGAGUGUAAUAAUUCAACGAAGGAUUCUAAAAGUUUUAGUCCUGACGAAAGCAAUCGGGAGAGGAAUACUGAUAUCUUCGAUGCGGUUCAAUUGCGUAGAGUAAAUCCCGUGAUAACUACUACAAGCCAAAAGAAUAACAAGCCUAAUAAUAAGUUCAUUGAAAGAUGUUUGAAUAUUGAAGUAGAAGGUAAUGAAUUGUCGGUUUUGAAACGCGUACAACGCGAAUUGGCAGAUUUUGUCCAAAAAGAAAUUAAAUACAAGUUAUUCAGCACGAACGAUGACGAUGCGAAAAUCAAUAAAACUGAUAGUACUCAAACAGAAUCUGCUACUUUCUUCCGGGAAAAACUCGACCAGAAGUUGAAAGAUAUAAUAGAAAAAGCUAUAAAGAAAAAUAUCGUGUUAUCUGAAGGCAAUACGAGUGAUGCAUAUAGUUCGAGCCCCAAAGUAUCAAUGUUGGCGAAGUCGCCCAGAUAUCAGCCGAAGGUUAUGGUAAAACGUCUAGACAUAGCAAAGGAGAGUAAGCAUUAUAAAAUUAAUAACGCUUGUACGUUAAAUAUGAGUUCGUCAAAACGCAAGCUCGCUGGUCCAUUUAUCACUCGUAAUAAACGUGCGAGCAUAAUUCCAGUAAGAUAUGGUGAAUAUGCCUCAUUAGAUUCCUCCGAUUCCGAAGCAACGAAUAAUAAUAGCAUUGAAGAUCCCAACGAAUGGUGUCCAACAUCUAAAACGACUAACUCAAAAACAUCUAAGACAACGCCGAGACAGAUCAUUAUCGGCAAAUCGGUGGAAAAGAAACAAAAUGAACAGAAAACUGGUUCUGAAAAAAUUGUCAAAACAGCGAAUACCAAAGUUGAGAAUCAUAUAUGUGGAGUAUGCGGAUCAAUGUUUCACAGUCGCACGGAGGUCGAGGCGCAUGUCCGUACUCAUCAAUUGGCACCGGGUGCCUCCGUCGUGCAGGUUGUGCUACAAAAUAAAGAAAUCGUGCCACAACAGAUUAAGCCGCAACAGAUUAAGCAGAAGAUGAUGCGCUGCAAGAGAUGUCACGAGAUAGUCGAGGCGCGUUUUGUGAAGGUGCACGUAUGUAAAACGUAUCAUAAGUGUCAUAUUUGCAACUCCAUGUUUCGCGCGAAGAAUCUUCUCUUGAAGCACUUGGAGAACCACGAUACCAAGUUCAAACUAAAUGUGAUCGAGAACAAAAAGUUGAAUAAUACUGAUACGUUGCAGAAAAUUGUAGCGAUUACGUCCGUAAUGCCACAGAAGGCUCAAAAUCAAGCCCAGGGAAGCGAAACUAUGAUAAAAACAGAAAUAAAAAACGAGAAAAAUGAUAUCCAGUCCGAUAAAAUAACUAGUACAGGUGUAAAGCUAGAAAGCACUGAAAAUGUAACGAAGCCUAAAGAAACAUAUACUUGUUUCGUAUGCGAUAAAAUUUUCACAGACGAGGAAGUACUGAAGGAUCAUUUGCAGAAGCAUUGUGAUGAUGAAAGUGAAGGAGAACAAAAUAACAGCAAGGAGCAGUAUCAAUGUGCUAUUUGCGGCAGUACUCUGGAGUCAGAUCAAGCAUUAGAAGAGCACGUUGGUAAGCAUUUAUUUGACGAUGAAGACGACAAUCCUAAUCUGAUUAGUAUAAACCAAGGCAAUGAGAAUGAAAGUAAAUUAAAGGCAAACGAUUCAUACCAAUGUGGGCAAUGCUCAGAGAUGUUUGAUUCGGAGGUAUUGUUAGAGAUGCAUAUGCAUGCGCAUUUGGAGGAAGUUGCGAUAGCAGAAUGGGAGCAACAAGGAUUGAAGAUUUAUCAGUAUCAAUGUAUGCUUUGCGAUGAAUUGUGUAAUACGGAAAAAGAGUUAUCUGAACAUUUGGACAUACAUAAUGCAAACGCGCAUGUAUGUCAAUUGUGUGACAAGCCGUUCCGCACGUUAGAAGAUCUACAAGAACACGUUGCGACUCAUUGACGUACUCGAUAAUGUUUUAUAUGAAAAUAUUAAUACAAAUUAUAAAACAUCUUUGAUAUAAUAAUGAGCAGAUGGUUGCGUUCGGAAAGUGUAUUAUAAGAAACUAU